AUGAGCCAACAAGACGGUGCUGUGAUCGGUAUCAACUUGGGCAACACAUACGGCAGCAUUGCGUGCAUCAACCAGCACGGCCGCGCCGAUGUGAUUGCGAACGAGAACGGUGAGCGUCAGAUUGCGACGCGCAUUGCGUUCAAUGGCGAUCAGGUGUACACAGGCAACGAAGCCACGCCGCAGUUGGUGCGCAAUGCGCCGAAUGUGAUUGACAACUUCGUGAACCUGGUCGGCCGCUCGUUCUCUGAGCUGGAGGAGGGCGAAAAGCUGCGCAAGUCGGCGCAGGUGCUGGACAUCAACGGUACGCCGUCGUUCGAGGUGGAGAUCGAGGGUACCAAGUCGAUUCUCUCAGCGCACGAUGUGUUGGUGCGCUUCAUUGGCGUGCUGUACGGCGCUGCGAAGGACUUUAUGUCGGGUGUGCCGAUCAUCGGUGCCGUGUUGAGCACCCCGCUGUGGUUCACCGAUGCGCAGAACGAGGCGAUUGAGGCGGCGGCGAAGGAAGCGGGUCUGCAUGUGCUGGAGCUCGUCUCGGCGCCGUCGGCAGCGCUGGCUGCGUACGGCCUAACGUCGCCCAAGGCUACGGGCGAUCUGCCUGCGCACCCAGACGGCGAGCAGGGUGUGCCGUAUGCGCCGGAAAAGACCCUCGACCGCAAUGUGGCCGUGGUCGACUUUGGUGGUACGUCGCUGGACGUGACGGUGUUUGCGGCGCGGGCGGGUGUGUACUCGCAGCUGUCGUACGUGCACGACAAGACGGUGGGUGGCCGUGCCUUGGACGACGUGCUGGUGCAGCACUUUGCGAAGGAGUUCUCGAAGAAGAGCAAGGUCGCCAUUGGCGAGAACGACGCGCGUGCGUGGGCUAAGCUGCGCAACGAAGCGGAAGUCACGAAGCGUGCGCUCAGUGCAAGCAACUCGGCGCAGUGCAGUGUUGAGAGUCUUGCGGAGGGUAUCGACUUUAGCGGUAGCGUGAACCGUAUGCGCCUCAACCUGCUGGCCGCGGGUGUGUACCAAAAGGCGGUGGCCAACGUGCAAAAGGCGAUCGAGCAGGCAUCGCUCGAGCCAUGCCAGGUCGACGAGGUGAUUCUCUCCGGUGGUGCCUCGCGUCUUGCCGGCUUGGCGGAGCAGCUCUCGUACCUCUUCCCAGAGGACAGCCAGACGCACAUCACGUACUCCAUCGACUCGGACCAGGUGAUUGCGCGUGGCUGUGCGGUGUACGCCCAGACGAUUGUCCACCUGCCGACGGACAGCGAGGAACGCAAGUUUGUCGAGUCGCUGCCGAACAACAAGGCAGAGCGUACCAAGGCGCUGCAGGCGCCGGCGACGCAGCGCCCCAUCGGUGUGGUCCUCGAUGCGCCGGCAGACGAGAGCGUCGCAAAGCAGGUCGUGGAUGGCCAGCUGUUUGUCACGAUGGUGCCUGCGCAGACACCUGUGCCGGCCCGCCGUGUGUUCCGCUUCCCGGCGUCGGGUAGCGAAGCGUCGCUGAUCCGCUUGGCCGAAGGCACGCCGAGUGUGCGUGUGGACAAGAUUGAGCCGGAGCCGCUGGACGACGAGGACGAGGACGAGGACGAGGAGCCUCUGGAGCCAGAAGAAGUGCGUAGCGCGUACGUCCGCCCCGACGCUGAGCGGCUGCUGGAGUUGGUCGUGCCACAUGCGUCGUCGGCAAAGACCAUUACCGUGAAGGUCAUUGUGCUCAGCGGCGGCCAGGUCACCGCGCAGGCCUUUGUGGAUGACAGCACCGACGUCGCGGCGCAGGCGCAGCUGGGUGCCUAA